AUGGAAAGCUACCAGAUCUCCUACUGCCUGGACAGCCGGGACCCUCUGCGCUGGACCACGGUGGAGGUGGGCUCCAACGCUCGCCAGUUCACGGUCACGGGACUCUCCUCGGAGCAGACCUACGUGUUCCGGCUCAACGCUCGCACGGCGGUGGGCUGGGGUGAGGAGCAGGAGGCCCGGGUGGUCACCGCGGAACGCAGAGAGAACAAACGAGUCCGGACUGUGAUCGCCUCGUGUGCAGGGAUGGAAAUGUCAGCCAGCGUUCCUCAGAGGAACUCAGUGGCCGACUCGGAGCACAGGCCCGUGAAGUUGGCUGCCUGGAAAGGGGAGAAGCCCGGCACAUGGUACAGUCAAUUCAGGAAAGGAAAACAGUUUUCUUACUCUGGGACGGACGGCGUUCCCAUCCACAUCGUUCAGCUGAACUUCCUGAAGCUGCUGAGCGCCACAGCCACACAGAGCUUCACCUACCACUGCCUCAACUCUGCCGCCUGGCUGCACACCGCCACCUACGGCCACGAACACGCACUGCGCUUCAGAGGCAGCGACGGGGAGGAGAUGACACAUGAGAACACACAUUACAUCAGUGCACUAUAUGACGGAUGUCAGACACGCUCAGGGCAGGAGAGGACUGUGCUGGAGUUCCAGGCUCCUCUCUCCACCACGCUCCCCAUCAUGGACGUGACCGUGUCCGACUUCGGAAGCGGGAACCAGAAAUUCGGUUUCCAAUUUGGCCCGGUCUGCUUCAACGGUUAA